UCGUCUACCUUGAGUUGUCCCGCCAGGCACUGACGAAUGGCAGUUGUAAAUGCAUUUUCAAAAGAUAUUGACCAGUUGCUCAUCAGCAACUCUCGCAUGCUGACGCUGCGGAAGUGAGCCGCUCGCGGUUCGAUUUCUGUACUCGCGAAAUUAAAGCUAUGAAGAACGAACGAGUUUUCCACGAGAAGAGUCUACUGGUGCAGUCAUUGAAGAUCGCCAAUAAUUUGGAUCGGAAGAAAUCACUUUCUACAUCAAUUAUUCCGACUCAGAAUCAAAACUAUCUGUGUGUACCUCUACUUCAUAAUGGAUUUCACCAGCCUAAACAGUUGGACUCGCAGAAGAAAAAUGGUUACGAGGAUAUUCUUGUGCACACUGCGGUGGAGAAAUCGUACCAUUCGAUAACGCGGAGUAUCUCUCAGUCUACGUUGACGAUACCGGAGAACUACAGUUUCACCUCGGUGCAUAUUCAAGUUUACAAGCGACGAUGGGCAAUGCUAGUACUUGGAAUGCUCAGCAUAGCAAUCUCGUAUGUGCAGUGGAUUCAGUACAGUAUUGUAGCUAAUAUUAUAAUGAGAUACUACAACAUAAGCUCUGUAUGGGUGGACUGGACAUCGAUGAUUUUCAUGGUUAUGUAUGUUGUAUGUGUUUUUCCAAUAUCUUACAUGAUGGAUAUCCGUAAUAUGCGACAGACGGCUGUAAUUGGUUCGGUAGGAACAGCGAUUGGAGCGUGGAUUAAAGUGUUUUCUGUCAGUCCGUCCCAGUUCCAGAUGGUCAUUUUGGGACAAGUCGUUUCUGCCUUCUCGCAAGUGUUUCUACUCAGCAUUCCAUCGAGACUGGCAUCGACGUGGUUCUCACCUGAAGAGGCAUCUUCCGUAUGUGCAUUUGGGGUCUUUGCAGCACAACUUGGUACUGCCGCCGGAUUCUUUUUCACCCCGAUAGUGAUCAACAAUCAUGAAGAUAUCGCUCGAAUAGGAGUAGAGAUGAAAAUUUUUCUGAUGGCGGUGGCAGGAAUCUCAACUGUUGUUGCUUGUAUGGUAAUUGCCGUAUUCAAAUCAGCCCCUGAAUUUGCACCAAGUCACGUGCAAGCUCUACAACGAACGAUGAAGCCUAAAAGAAAGGACUAUUGGCCCGCGGUGGGUAGACUGCUACAAGAUGACAACUACUUGAUUUUAGUGAUAGCUUAUGGAAUCAAUGUUGGCAUUUUUAAUGCUUUUUCUACGCUGCUAAAUCAAAUCGUGACUAACUAUUUUCCAACCGGGGAAGCGGAUGCUGGUCGGAUUGGGUUGGCUCUGAUUGUACUUGGUUUGGUCGGCUCAAUGGUGUUCGGAUAUCUGUUGGAUACGAUGCAUAAAUAUAAAGCCACCGCAGUCUGGGCAUGUCGGUUGUCGGCCGUUACUAUGGUGAUAUUUGCAUUGGCUCUAGAGAGUCGAUCGAAAAAGUUGGUGUCGGUUGCAUCUAUUUUUCUUGGCUUCUUUAUGACAGGCUUUCAGCCGAUUGGGUAUGAGUUUGCGGCUGAGCUGACGUUUCCCGAACCCGACGGUCCCGUCUCUGGAAUUCUGAACAUUUCUACCCAAAUAUUCGGAAUUGUUGUUACGUUGUUAAUUUCCGGCUUGCAAGAAAUACUAGGAGAUUUCACAGGAAACAUGGUCUUUGCUGCAUUUCUGAUGAUUGAUGCGAAUAUUAUAUCAUUGAUUAAGUCUGAACUGCGAAGAUAUAACACUCAUUUGGAAAUCGAACAGGAAGCUGCUAAAGAGCAAGCGGAGGACGCUACUGCCUUCCUGGACACUGUAAGCUACGAAGAGGCACCCUUAACGUUCAAAAUAGAUGACUGCAGCUAAUGGUGUCGAAAGACAAAACAACGACCGUAUCGUAAAUGUUUAUAUGACCCCACUGGUAGCUAAGACCGAGAUAGUAUUUUUUUGUGAGACGUCAGAUAGAAUAUAGAAGGUGUGUAAUCUCACCAACUCCAA